AUGCUACUUUCUUUUCUUGCAAUGCACUAUUCGGUAGCUGCGAUUGCAGAGUAUUACAAUCAGCAUUCCAUUCCGUACGAAGUCAGCAAUGCAGAGGAUAAUAAGUAUAAUCAAUAUAGCAUUGAGUCUUCAACAACAUAUAGCGACGCACUUGAUACAGAAUACAGCAAUCAGUCUUCGAUCGCAUCAGAAAGCAGCUACAACAGCCACUCCACAGACAAUGCAUAUCUGCCCACCCCUAUCAAAUCGUUGAAAAUCGGAAAGUUCAAAACCAAUCCCGAAAACAUCGGCAUGCUGCUUGACAGAGAAAUGGCAGACAUGAGCCCCGGCCUCCAUGAAAAGCUUGUGAGCACACUGGCACAUAAUGGAGUCGACAGAAAAAAAUAUAGAGAUCUGGUUAUGAUCAGGAAAAGAGUCACCGACGACGGAAAGCGAAAGGUGGUCAACCUCAAUGUUAAAGAGAAAAUAAUACCAAAGGUAUUCCAGGAUGAUGAUUUUGUGCCCAACAACGAUUUCAUAACAAGAGCACUCAUCGGAGGAGCCAUGUUCUUCUUGACAGGCCUUGCAUUCACCACAACUUUGAAAAUGUAUCGCAGCAUAAUCAAGAAAAAAUAUCUUGGUAUUGACAGCAAAGCCGAAAUCUUUUCAGAGCCAAAGUAG